AUGUUACCUUGGCUUCUCAUUGUUCCACUUUCAUACCUCGAUCAUUGUACGUAUAAAGACGUGAGAGAGUGACUCACUGAUAAAUCUGGAUGAAGGACAGCGCUUAUAAACCGUCCAUCCCACAUCAGAAGAACUUUAAAGCAUCUCCUCAGGUUUUUUGGGUGCACAUAUUAUACAGUUAAGCUUACUUGCACUCAUUAUUGCGUGGCUACCCUUUGUUUCUGCUGGGCACAUAAAGAAAAACAAAAAUAUAGGGGAUUAUUAUUGGUGUGUUUAAGCAAAGGGCAGUUUUAGUGCUUGGACCCCCAAAGGGGAGAAAACCAGAGGUGAAAGCAGCUUUUGAAGACGAUGACGUCCAGAUUAUCAUUUCUUCUCUGCCUGUUGCUGGUGUCCAACGGUUCGACUGCAGUCAUUACUGGGGCAUGUGAGAAAGACUCGCAAUGCGGAGGUGGCAUGUGUUGUGCCAUCAGCCUGUGGAUCCGGAGCUUGCGAAUGUGCAUCCCAAUGGGUCAGGAGGGAGAGGACUGUCAUCCAAUGAGCCACAAGGUGCCGUUCUUUGGCAAGAGACUUCAUCAUACAUGCCCAUGUCUUCCCAACCUCACUUGCAUUCCAACAGAUGACGAAAAAUACAAAUGUCUCCCUUCCUUUCCAUUUGAAAAUGAUCACCUCUGAUGAAGUGAAGUGUGCCAUUAGUGUACUAUUAAUUCUUGUAUAAAAUGUAUAGUAAAGUGUAUUUGAUUUUAAAAGAAUUUAUUUAAUGAAUUAUGGAAAAACAUAAAUUAUGUAGGCCUAUUAAAAUGCAUAUUUUGACAAAAUAUUGUAUGACCAAAAUAAAUUAAUAAAUACACCAUGUACACGAUUUUUCUAUGUUUGAAAGUUACAGUAAGUGAAAAUUAAAUAAAACACUCUAUUGUUUGGUUUAAUUUAACCCAAUUGCUGGGUUUGUCCCUUUUUGACCCAACGCUGGGUUAAAAAUAACCCAACAUUUCUUAAAUGCUU